AACUCCAGUCCUUUUCUGCUGGAUUAUGUCAACAAAUUUGUUGUGAAUUUAAACAAAAUAUGUAGAGAUGAGGUGAGCUAGAAAACAGACGUUGGCACUCAGACGUUGCUAGAUAAAGAACUUAAAAAAAUAAUUUAAAAAAUCACAUAAUUAGGAAAAACAACUGAAUGGAACCAAGAAGUAGAAACACCGCUCCCCACGCGCGAGGUUGAUGCGCUAGCAGCCAUAGUUUCGGCCGUGAGGAGUUGCGCCGGGCUCGGGAGUCACUUUUGCCACUGUAGUGAGAAGCUGGCAGAGUCUCGGGAGCAAGCAGAGCAGGCGGCGCUGGCGGCCUCGCCGCCCCCCAGCAUCUCACGUCCUCCUGAGCAGGGAAGAGAGCGAGGUGAGGCGAUACUGGCCGGGUUCGCGUCCAAGUUCCUGUCUUUCCGGAGCAGGGAUCAGAUAGAACAGCCGGAUGGAGGGAGUGAGGCAUCAGAAACCUCUUCCUUCCCGGCCUAGGGGAACCUGUGCCGCUCCCAGAGCGCUCCGUGGCGCUCUCAGAGCGGCGGGCGCUGGGUGAGCUGCGGGGACGCGUCCUUGCGUAACGGGAGGACUGAGGAGGCCGGGGCAGCGCGAGAGUGAGCGAAAAGUAGCUGUAGAGGGGGAGGGAGCGGGUGCUACCGCCUCUCUCCAGAGCAGUGGCGGCUGCACCGGCAGCAUCAUCACUUGGCGCUGCGGAGGGGGGCGGGCCGUGCGCGGGGCCUUGCGUUGCCUCUGAUGCAGUUCUGUCCUGGGCGCUGGUUGGCGGUUUAAAGCACUGGAGCUGUCGUCGCGAAGGGGGUUCAGAGCACCAAGGAUUGUUGUUGUGUGUUGUCCUCAGUCUCCCAAGGAGGAGACAUGGAGGGGAAACAGCCCGGCUCUGCGGAGCAGAAGACGGUUACUGAGCUUAAGGCCGUGAGUGAAGAGCCGUACUUGGAGGACAAGGAUGCGGCAGCAGGCGGUGCAGAACCGGCCGUGGCAGUCGAUGAUGUGCUGAGUAGACCGCUGGGUCCCACGCCGAGCCAGAGCCGCUUUCAGGUCGACCUGGUCACCGAGGGCUUCGGCCGUCCAGCAGAAGCGGCCGAAAAGGCGGGCAGGGAAGGCAGCAUGCUGGGGAAGAGCAGUGAGGAAGCCAAGGGCAGGUUUCGGGUGAACUUCGUGGACCCGUCAGCCGGCGAUGAGACCUCAGGGGAGUCUGGCGGUGGCAGUUCGGAGGGCGGCAACGUCAGCUUGCAAAACGGCGGCGACGCAAUGCUGAACGAGGGCAGCCUCCACUCGGGGGGGCGGCACCAUCACCACUACUACUACGAUACUCACACUAGCACCUACUAUCUGCGCACCUUCGGCCACAACACCAUGGACGCUGUGCCCCGGAUAGACCACUACCGCCACACGGCUGCCGACCUGGGAGAGAAGCUCAUCCGGCCUAGUCUGGCCGAGCUGCAUGAUGAGCUGGACAAGGAGCCCUUUGAAGAAGGCUAUGCAAAUAGAGAGGAAGGAAUGCCAACUGGGGAAGCAGUUGCCACUUAUAUACCAGAUAGCAAAGGAAUAGUCAAGUUUGGCUGGAUAAAAGGUGUAUUGGUACGAUGCAUGUUAAAUAUUUGGGGUGUGAUGCUCUUCAUCAGACUAUCGUGGAUUGUAGGACAAGCUGGGAUAGGUCUGUCUGUUGUAGUUAUUGCAGUGGCCACUGUUGUGACAACUUUUACAGGACUGUCUACUUCAGCAAUAGCUACAAAUGGGUUUGUAAGAGGAGGAGGAGCAUAUUACUUAAUUUCCAGAAGUUUGGGACCAGAAUUUGGUGGUGCCAUAGGUCUAAUUUUUGCAUUUGCUAAUGCUGUUGCAGUAGCAAUGUAUGUUGUUGGUUUUGCAGAGACAGUUGUGGAGCUGCUCAAGGAAAAUGGAACAAUGAUGGUCGAUGAAAUGAAUGACAUCAGAAUCAUAGGAACUAUCACAGUAGUUCUAUUGCUGGGUAUUUCCAUUGCAGGAAUGGAAUGGGAAGCCAAAGCACAGAUAGUUUUAUUGGUGAUCCUCAUACUUGCUAUUGGAGACUUUGUCAUAGGGACAUUUAUUCCUUUGGACAAUAAGAAGCCUAAAGGUUUCUUUGGUUAUAAAGCUGAAAUAUUUAUGGAGAACUUUGGACCAGAUUUUCGAAAUGAGGAAACUUUCUUUUCUGUAUUUGCUAUUUUCUUCCCUGCUGCAACUGGCAUACUUGCUGGCGCAAAUAUCUCAGGUGAUCUUGCGGAUCCUCAGUCAGCCAUACCUAAAGGAACCCUGUUGGCCAUCUUAAUUACUACUUUGGUUUACAUAGGAAUUGCAGUAUCUGUAGGUUCCUGUGUUGUUCGAGAUGCUACGGGGAACAUUAAUAACACCAUUAUCACCGAGCUGACAAAUUGUACUACUGCAGCUUGCAAAUUAAACUAUGAUUUCUCAUCCUGUCAGACAGGGUGUCAGUAUGGGCUGAUGAACAAUUUCCAGGUGAUGAGCAUGGUAUCAGGAUUUGCACCAUUAAUUUCUGCAGGUAUUUUUUCAGCCACUCUUUCUUCUGCAUUAGCAUCCUUUGUGAGUGCACCUAAGAUUUUCCAAGCUUUGUGCAAGGACAACAUUUAUCCAGGAUUUCUGAUGUUUGCUAAAGGCUAUGGGAAGAACAAUGAACCGCUGAGAGGAUAUCUUCUAACAUUCUUAAUUGCUCUUGGAUUCAUAUUAAUUGCUGAACUGAACAUCAUUGCUCCAAUUAUCUCUAAUUUCUUCUUGGCUUCAUAUGCCUUGAUUAACUUCUCUGUAUUCCACGCUUCUCUAGCAAAAUCUCCAGGUUGGCGUCCUGCUUUCAAAUACUACAAUAUGUGGAUUUCUCUUGUUGGAGCUAUUCUGUGCUGCAUUGUAAUGUUUGUCAUUAAUUGGUGGGCAGCACUUCUAACAUAUGUCAUAGUCCUUGGACUCUAUAUUUAUGUCACUUACAAGAAACCAGAUGUGAAUUGGGGAUCCUCAACACAAGCUUUGACUUACUUGAAUGCACUACAGCAUUCUAUUCGUCUCUCAGGAGUGGAAGAUCAUGUGAAAAACUUCAGACCUCAGUGCUUAAUUAUGACAGGUGCUCCAAACUCACGUCCAGCUUUGCUUCACCUUGUCCAUGCUUUCACCAAAAAUGUGGGCUUGAUGAUCUGUGGCCAUGUACUUAUGGGUUCUCAGAGGCAAGCAGUGAAGGAACGGUUAAGUGAUCUGGCCAAAUAUCAGCAAUGGCUUAUUAAAAACAAGAUGAAGGCCUUCUAUGCACCAGUGCAUGCAGAGGAUUUGAGGGAUGGAGGACAGUAUUUAAUGCAGGCUGCUGGUCUGGGUAGAAUGAGACCUAACACCCUUGUUCUUGGAUUUAAGAGAAACUGGAGACAAGCUGACAUUAGAGAUGUUGAGACCUAUAUAAAUUUACUCCAUGAUGCCUUUGACAUCCAGUAUGGUGUAGUUGUCAUCCGCCUAAAAGAGGGCUUGGACAUAUCUCACCUUCAGGGACAAGAAGAGAUAUUGUCAUUCCAAGAAAAAUCUCCAUGUUCCAAGGAUGUCAUAGUAAAAGUGGAUUAUAGCAAGAAGGAUGAGACAGAUGCUUUUUCUAUAGCUUUUGUUCUGUCAUCUAGUGAAAAAACUCCUGUUCUACAUAAAGAGGAUGAGGAGGAUGGAAAGACUCCAACGCAAUCGCUGUUGAAAAAAGGCUCAAAGGGCCCAUCUUCUCCUUUAAAUUUGGCUGACCAAAGACUUCUUGACGCUACUACCCAGUUUCAGAAGAAACAAGGCAAAAGCAAUAUUGAUGUCUGGUGGCUCUUUGAUGAUGGAGGUUUGACACUGUUGAUUCCUUACCUUCUUACAAGCAAGAAAAAGUGGAAAGAUUGUAAGAUCAGAGUGUUCAUUGGUGGAAAAAUAAACAGGAUUGAUCGUGACAGGAGAGCGAUGGCUACUUUGCUCAGCAAAUUUCGGAUAGAUUUCUCAGACAUCAUGGUCCUUGGAGAUAUUAAUAUGAAGCCAAAGAUAGAAAAUAUUACAGCUUUUGAAGAAAUGAUAGAGCCAUUCAGACUUCAUGAAGAUGAUAAAGAACAAGAAAUUGCAGAUAAAAUGAAGGAGAGUGAACCUUGGAGGAUAACAGAUAAUGAACUUGAACUUCACAAAACAAAGACUUAUCGUCAGAUUAGGCUAAAUGAGUUGCUGAAAGAACAUUCAAGUACAGCUAACAUAAUUGUUAUGAGUUUGCCAGUUGCAAGAAAAGGUGCAGUUUCUAGUGCACUAUACAUGGCCUGGUUAGAAGCUCUUUCUAAAGAUCUGCCACCAAUUUUCCUUGUUCGUGGGAAUCAUCAGAGCGUUCUUACCUUCUAUUCUUAAGAGUACUGCACAUGGGACAGCUAUGACAAAAUGGUAUUUCAGUGCCCGGAGGAAAGCGACUGAGAUGGUCUAUAGAUUAUUAACAUCAUAGAGGCAAAAAGUGACUCUUCCACUAUUUCACUGAUUUGAACCCACACAAGGAAAGUCACUGUAUUUAUAAAGUUGUGACAUCUUCAGUUUUAUUCUAUAUUUUCUCUAAAUUAAUCUUGCUUAUUGGGGGAGGAUACCUUGUUAGACUGAGGAACAAAACAAGCUUUUUCUUUGUGAUUUGAAUAGCAGCAAUAAAAGUGAUUUCUUUUUGAAAGGAUUAUAAAUUUAUGAAAGCCUUUUAGCCUUGAGGUGCCUUCUGAAAUUAACCAAAUCUCAUCCACAUAUUCUAUUUUUUAAUUUUAUAUAGAAUGUCAAAAUCUGCCUUCAACUAAGUUUAGAUUAGACUUCCUUUAGGUUGUAGUAUCUUCUAUAUUAAAAUAAAAAUAAAUGCUGCUUUUCAGUCUUCUGUUGAGCUCUUAGUUCUUAGUACUGUAUGUUUUUUAUUGUUCAGAAAGUUUGUGGGCCUUUUUGUUGUUGUUAUCCAUUAGAUUUAAAAUAAAGGUGAGGAUUGGGGCAGGUCAGUUGGAGUAAGACAUGCCUGAUGUUAUUGUCAAGACUUUGUACUACUAAAUUUUGUAACAGUUAAAAUAAAACUAAUUGUACUAGCUGAUAGGAUCUUUUUCAAAAAUUUGACAUUGUGUACUACUUUGGCAUUAGUUUGAGAUACACGGUUAACAUUAGCUACCUUUGGUGAAGGGUAGUGUGUCAGUCUUCAGUCUGUAGUUCUAAUAUGAAACUGAAUUAAUGUUAUAGGCUGAGGCUGUUUUUCUCAUUAAAAGCAGGAAGAGAAAAAGGCCUGUCCUAGUUCUUGGCCUUUUACUUUUUGAUGUCACUUGCAGUUUAUUUUGAAACAAAACUGAACUUAAGGCCUGAAUAAGGGUAAUAUGAGCAAUAUGAUGUCAUCUAACAGAAAACAGUAAACAAUAUGUAGAAUCUUGCUAGGUCAUGCAAUAUGAAAUGUAAAAGGUAAAAUUCUCUUGCAUUUUUUCAACAAACUGUUAAAAGGGCCACUAGUUAAUAAGGGAGAUGAUUUUAGGUCAGUUCAUUCAGUUGUCAGAAAAUAUAUUUAGUCUUAUUAAAUAAUACUCAGGUUUGAUUAUCUAGCAAUUUAGAUUUAUUCCAUACAUCCUACUUUAUAGGUUUUCUAUGUUUAAUAAAGAAACUGCCAAUUUUGUGUCCUUUCAUUGUAUGUUUUGACACCUUCAUAGAAUCAUAGAAUAGUUUGGGUUGGAAGGGACCUUUAAAGGUCAUCUAGUCCAAACCCCCUGCAAUGAGCAGGGACAUCUUCAACUAGAUCAGGUUGCUCAGAGCCCAGUCCAACCUGACCUUGAAUGUUUCCAGGGAUGGGGCAUCUACCACCUCUCUGGGCAACCUGAUAAUUUAGUCUACUAUGAACACUUACACAAGAAAUUUUAUUUGAGCCUUUAUACAAAGAUUAAUAAUGUGAAAUGUUUUUUAAAUUCACAUAUUUUGGAUAGAAAGUAUUGCCUAAAAAAAUUUCACAACCUUUUGAUAUUAGUAUUGGACAUGUUGCUGGAUCAGUUAGUGCUUCAGUGACUUUCAUUUAAGGAUGCACAGAAAAGGUGUAUUUUUAUGCUAAAUACAAGGUCAAAUUGAACUGUAACAGUUCCUUUUGAAGGACAAAGCAAUUAGUCAUUGUGUGGCAAGGUAUAGCUUCAAAUCAUUAUGAUUCAAGAUUAAAAUAUUUUACACAGUGCAAUAGACACUAGUUAGGUUGUUGGUAAACUGCAUUUUUUAGAUAAAUACAUAAUUUGGUUUACCUCUGAAUAUAAUGAAAGACUGACUAACGCCUCUUCCCCUCAAACUGGUAGCCCAUUGGGAUACAAGGAAAUAUAUUGGGAAAAUAAAUUUCAGACCUUUGAUGUCAAAGCCACUAGUAAGCAAGGGAAAUUUGGCCUUAACUUCAUUAUCGUACAUUAAGCUAUGAUAAGAAACUAGUUGAAGCAUUUAAGAAAUGGCAAGUUGUCUUCUCAUAUAAAAUGAUACUUGAGAACUUCUUACAUCAAUUUUGGGAUUUCCUAGUAUGGCUGGAUGAGAGGGAAUUUUUAUUUGAAAAUUAACCCCUGAUAACUUUAGAACUCAUCUAUGUCCUUAACUUAAUAAAUACUUCUCAAAUAAGUGUUUCCAUGUAUUUACAUUUAGAAUUUGACAAAGUGAGAUUUGGAGGCUAAUGGAAAGGGAACACUUUUUAAAAGCACACUGCAAAUUUCUAUGUCUUUGGCUUUUAUCUGGUUUUUGUGUGUAAAGGGCUAGGAAGAGGUAUGUAAUGUUUUUCCUAGAUCCUUAUAUUUGCUGGAGAACCUGUUGAUCUAAAUAGUCAUACAGUUCUGUUAGCUUAAUUCACAAAUAAUUGAUUUCCCUUCACAUACACUUUCCAAGCUAAAAAAAUGGAAACUGAAUGAAGAUUACUGUUAUCAUUUUAAAUUGUCAAGGGUUUGUUGAAUUUAAUUUUUUUUAUUUGCCACCCCCAUCUCAAAGAGCCCCUGACAGCCCUCUGCCCAGCCAGAUCAGGCACAGGCCACUAAUACCCCACACACUGACACUACCCCUCACAGCAGCCCCAUGCUCCUGUUGGCUGCAGGCAUCUCAUACUCUCAUUAGCUACUGUGGAGAGGUAGUUCUGUCAUGUCCUGUGGCUGUUAAACUGUUGGCCUGGGUGGGGAUAACCAUUUCUUAGGCCUACUGUAUUCCUGGGGGGUGGUGCCCAUUGGUGGCUCAGUGGCACCUGUGCUUCCUCAGCCUACCACUCUCCCCUGCACUGGGGUUAAGCCUACUGAGAACUCAGCUGGAAGCAGCAGAGGUAAGGAGGGCUGGGAGGGUGGUGUGGUGUGGCAGGUGUGUGGAGUUGGAGGCCCCCCCCAUGUGCUUUGCUCUGGGGUGGGUCAGAGGAAUGUGAAAGUAGUGAGGGGUAUCCCUGCAACACAGACCACAGGGGCAAGUGGGGUGGGGGCUGGGGGAGCCUUGCACCAUCUCCCUGUGUGCUGGUUUUGGCAGGGAUAGAGUUAAUUUUCUUCACAGUAGCUAGUAUGGGGCUAUGCUAUGGAUCUGUGCUGAAAACAGUGUUGAUAAUUCAGGGAUGUUUUAGUUAUUGCUGAGCAGUGCUUACACAGCAUCAAGGCCUUUUCUACUUCUCACCCCACCCCACCAGCAAGUAGGCUGGUGGUGCACAAGAAGUUGGGAGGGGACACAGCUGGGACAGCUGACCCCAACUGACCAAAGGGGUAUUCCAGACCAUAUGACGUCAUGCUCAGCAAUAAAAAAGCUGGGGGGAGAAGGACGGGGGGAUGUUCGGAGUUAUGGCGUUUUGUCUUCCCGAGUAACCAUUACAUGUGAUGGAGCCCUGCUUUCCUGGAGAUGGCUGAACACCUGCCUGCAGAUGGGAAGUAGUGAAUGAAUUCCUUGUUUUGCUUUGCUUGCAUGAGCAACUUUUGCUUUACUUAUUAAACUGUCUUUAUCUCAAACCACGAGUUUUCUCACUUCUACCGUUCUGAUUCUCUCCCCAAUCCUAUUGUGUCGGGGAGUGAACGAGUGGCUGUGCAGUGCUUAGUUGCCAACUGGGGUUAAACCACAACACCCUGUGGGGCGCCCUGCCCUGAAGCAGUCCUGGCAGUGGUGUGCAGAGAAGUUGCCGUUGUUGGAUUGUUGAAACCAGGACACCCAACCAAACCCAGGACAGCAAAUAACACCAAUAAUUCUCUGUAAAAGUAUUAAUUUCAUCCAGCUGUCCUUUUAUAAAGUGUUCUGAGAUUUGUUUAUACAUGGUGUUGUGUUGUAAAUGCAUUUUUGUUGUGCUUCAGUGAAAUCUUGUAAAAUAUGCCAUUAACAGGAAUCUAAUAGCAAUAAUGUGUACGUAAGUGAAGAAAGGCCUCUCAACUCUCUUCCCACCCCUUGGGGAUGGCAGGGAGGUGGGUAAUGGAACCUGAUAAACUGUAGAAAAUCAAAUUCUAGUGUGUACGCUUUUGGGAACAAGUACCUCAUCUUCCUAGUCCCUCAGUCCCCGUAUGUAAUAAUAACUACAAAAUUCUGCUAAUAAAAUUUGACUUUUAGUGAAAGAAAUAGGAAAUAUUUUCUCCGGAUAUUUUUUCAGGAAUUCAGACUAUAAUAGCAACACCAGGUGGCAGCGUUGCCUUGUAAUAUUUAAGGUAGUAAAUGAAACUGCACUGUCCGACAAAUUCACUUUAUUUCCUGCACUGGUCCUUGUGUGUCAUUUGCUAAACCACUUAGUGCUUUGAAUAAACUUAAAGCAUAUCAGCAUACUAGUAAUCCUUUGCAUUACAUUUUUUUCUUUUACAGUUUUGACUGUGGAUUGCAGAAUUUAAAAUAUUUAUUUUCCUCCUUUUGGGGAGGUGGGGGGGAAUAGAAUAUUUUUAUCCUAAAGGAUGCAGAUAUCUCUGUGGAAAUGUUGCCUGUUGAGUUCAUAAAGCCUCUUGGAGGUAGCCACCAUUUCAUAAAGCACUGGGUAGGGCCUGUUUCUCUUAGUGGUAAUUUCCAGCUGUUUUUAACCUCAGAGAACCAUAAGGCUAAAAGCCCCAGGCAGA